ACGCCAUCGGUUGAUUACAUACAUAUAAAAUCGAACAUCUAGCUUUCGGUCCGCAGAUUCAAAACCCUUGGCUGCUAGGGUUUUUCGAGCUUCUGUUUUCUCCAGCCUUGCCUUCCCGACCGAACCUUCUUCUCCACUAUAAUGGGUAAAUCAAACAAGAAGACCACUGUAGAGGUUGCUCCUGUGGCGGUUCCCGUUCCUCCUUCCAAGUCGGCCAAAAAGGGAAAGAGGGAUGCGGAAGUAGUGUUGGAGAAACCUGCGACUGCCAAAAAGCAGAAGAAAGUAGUAGUGGAAGUUCAGACGAAACAGAAUGUUGAUAAAAAAUCAAAGAAGCCGCCAAAGAAGAAAGCUGAAACCAGUAGCUCGGAGGACACUUCAUCAGAUUCUGAAAAAGAGGCCAAAAUUGUUCCAAAAAAGGGUGGCAAGCCAGUAAAACAACCAAUAAAGGAUUCCAGUAGCAGUGAAGAGUCAUCGUCUGAUGAAGGAAUUGAACAAAAAGCUGGUAAUGGAAAGAAAUCUCUUCCCAUACAAAUUAAUGGAGUUACUCAAGAGUCGUCGAGUGAAACAUCUGAUAGUGAAUCUGAUGAUCAGGAAGUGACAGCUAAGGCUGCAUCAAUUGUCAAAAAGCCACCUUCAAAAGUUACAGUAAUUAAAUCAAAUAAAAAAAAAGAAUCCAGUGAAAGCUCCGAUAGCGACUCUGAUGAUGAGGAUGAUGCUCCCAAAGUUUCUGUCACUGCAAAGAGUGGUUCAGCUCCUUUGAAGGCUUCUGUAAUAACUGUACCUAAAAAGAAGGAUGAGUCCAGCGACAGCUCAGAAAGUGAUUCUGACUCUGAUGAGGGCAAGGUUCCUCCAGCAAUCCCUCUUAAAAAGCCUGAAGUCACAGCAAAGAAACCAUUAAGCAAAGCGAAAGUGGAAGAGAGUUCUGAAGAAAGUUCUGAUGAGAGUGACGAGGAACCACAGACAAAGAAACUAGAAGUACCUAAACCACUAAGCAAGGCGAAGGUGGAAGAGAGUUCUGAUGAGAGCUCUAGCGAUAGUGACGAGGAACCACAGAGAAAGAAACUAAAAGAAACUACUGGAUUGAAUGCUAGCAAGCCUGCCAUUAAGAGUGCCAAAAAAGAGAGCAGCAACAGUGAUGAGGGUGACAGCUCUGAAGACAGUUCUGAUGAAGAGACUCCGAAGGCACAACAAAACAAGCCAACUAAACAAACUAUGAAGAGUAGCAGCUCUGAUGAGGAAUCUUCCGAAGAAGAUUCUUCUGAUGAAAGUGAAGAUGUGCAGCCAGCAAAGACGCCUGCAAAGAAAGAAACCAACUUGAAGAAGAAGGAUGAACCUACAGAUCAAAUUGCUAAAAAGUUUGAUAAGAAAGUGGAAAAGACUCCUGCGGGUAAUCAAAAUGUAUCAUCUGGACCAAAGACGCUUUUUGUUGGAAACUUGUCCUAUGACGUUGGAGAGGAUGAAAUAUUUGAGUUCUUCAAAGAGGCAGGAGAAGUUACUGAUGUUCGGUUAGCCAAAUUUGAUGAUGGACAGUUCAAGGGUUUUGGGCAUGUUGAGUUUGCCACUGCAGAAGCGGCCCAAAAGGCAUUGAAUGAUUUUAAUGGCCAAGAACUUAUGGGUCGUUUGGUACGACUUGAUUUGGCACGUGAGCGUGGGGAACGGGGCUCAUACACCCCUAACAGCGGAUCUUUCCAGAAGCCUGAAAAAGGUCAGAGCUAUACCAUAUUUGUGAGAGGUUUCGACAAAUCACUCGAGAUGGAUCAGAUUGAAAGUUCACUUAAAGAGUAUUUUGGCACGUGUGGAGAGAUUUCACGAAUUUCUUUACCCAGAGACUAUGAUACUGGAGGUUCUAAAGGUAUUGGAUACCUUGACUUCAAUACCGAGGAAGCUUUCUCCAAGGCUCUCGAGCUAUCUGGCUCUGAACUUGGAGGCUACUCCCUGACUGUGGAUGAAGCGAAACCGAGGGGCGAUGGGGGGAGUGGAGGCCGUGGUGGUGGCAGAGAUGGCGGUGGUUGGAGUGGUGGCCGGGGAGGUGGUCGUCGUGGUGGCCGCGGCGGCAGAGAUGGUGGCGGCUGGGGUGGAGGCCGUGGUGGUGGCAGGGGACGCGAUGGUGGCGGUCGUCGUGGCAGGGGUAGUGGCGGUCGUUUUGGUGCUGGCACACCCAGCCAAGGGAAGAAAACUACCUUUGGGGAUUACUAAAGAUAAGCUUCAUCUUCCUCUUGCUGCUUCAGAUGCUGAAGGCGUCUUCUAUCCAUUCCUGUAGCUUGUUAAAGUCACCGUAUGGCUGCCCAGUUUUGCUUAGUCAAUCUUGUCUGCAAUAUGUUGCAACUUUUAAUACUUUGUUAUUUUGUUUAUUUAUUUUAAUUUCUGGAGAGUAUUGAGUUUAAGUUUCAUGAAAGUAAUUGUGUGCUGAUAAGGAUAUAUUUUCCUUAUUUUAUAUUAUUUUUGGUA